UAGACAGCUGAGUUUCAGUCAGACACAGAGCUCAGGUCAGACACAUUCACUUGUUUUUUAUUCAAAGUGACUCCGAGGAGGACGAGCAGGAGAAGAAGAAGUUUCCUGGAUAAAAAGAAGAGUGAUGGGUCAGGCUCACUCCUCCACCUCUCCUCAGGUUAUCCUUAUGGGUCUGGAUUCAGCUGGAAAGUCCACUCUGCUGUCCAGGCUGCUGACAGGACAGGUGAUGGAAACGUCGCCCACUAUUGGCUUCAAUGUGGGAACCCUAGACCUGGACAAGAAGACGUCUUUGACUGUGUGGGACGUCGGAGGACAGAAGAGCAUGAGACCCAACUGGAGGUACUAUCUGGAUGACUGUCAGGCUCUGGUCUUCGUGGUGGACAGCAGCGAUCCGGGUCGGAUCACAGAGGCCCAGAAGGCCCUGAAAAAGGUCCUGAGUGACGAAAAACUACAAGGAGUUCCUCUGAUGGUUCUGGCCAACAAGAAGGACCUGCCCAACUCCAUGACCAUACGAGAGCAGAUCUCAAACCACCUGGAUCUCCCCAGUUACACUGAGCGGUCAUGGGAGAUUCAGGCCUGCAGUGCUCUGAAGGGACUUGGCCUCCAACAGGCGUUCAUGUCUGUCAACAAACUGAUCAAGAGGAGUUGAAGGGGGGGGAGUGGCACUAUUAAAACUAAAACAAUUUCAACAUUUAUCAUUUACAAUUAAUGAAACUGAGAAAGUAAAACAUCUGAUUUAAAAGAAA